AUGAGCGGUCGAGUAGGCACGGCCGCCUCGGACGCUUUAGUGACAACCACUGCGACUGCUGCGACUUGCCGCGGCUUCCGCGUCGAGAGCGGCAAGUUCGGCCUGCAGUUCGCCAUCCUCUACCUGCUGACGGAGUGCUGCCAGUCGACUUUCACGUUGCCUCUCGCGUUCGGCCAGCUGUUGUUCACGUUGCCUCUCACUUUCAGCGAGCUCCUGCUCGUGUUCAAGACGUCGGCGCAGGGCGAGGGCCUCUACGGCGGCCUUUUGAGCCUUAAUUGUGGACGACGAGCG